GAGACAAGUGCAAUGUGAAGGUGCUCUGUUGAAACUGCACUUCCUCCUUCUGCUGCACUGAGGUUAGCUCAGAGAGCAGCUUGAGUCUCAGAACAGGCAGGCUUUCCGGUACCAACCUCAAACUCAGACGUCAGCGGUGCAAACUCAAGAAGAUUCACGCUGUUAGAAAACAGAACAGCACAGAGGAGAUGGUGGGAGUGACUGAGAUUCACGAGUGGGCUUUAAAAGAGGUGCUGAGUUAGUCAGGUUAAGGCUUCAGUGUGUUCAGAGACAGGAGUGAGGCGUGCAGGAGGGGAAGGAACUGGUGCCGAAGCUUCUGAUGGCUUCUGGUUCUGGUAGAAGUGUGGGGGAGCAGCCACCGGUACUGCCUGCCAAACAGCACAGACAUUCCAGCGUGGAAUCUGACUGUGUUCUCAGUCCCGCCGGAUUCCUGCAACAAAACUAUGGAUGCAACGAGGUUUUCACCGAACCCACUGACUGCCAUGCAGACCAGUGCCCCAUUCACCAACGAUACGAUUAUUCCAAACACCAGGAGAGAUUUUUCUCCGACGUGACUCCGCCACCACCAGUGCCGAAGAAGAAGUUGACCCGGACCCUCUCCCUCCCUGUCUGUAAUGCUCCUUUGCUCUCCCCUCUCUCUCCUCUGUCUCCCCUGCAAAGACACAUUCAUGACUUUGACAACCCCGUCUACAUGAUGGCACCGAUCCCUGAUUUGUACAUCCACGAUGAUAUAGAAGACAGAAAAACAUCCAGAGGGAAUUCCGUUUCCUUACUCCCCUUCUCCCAAAUUUCAUUCGAAACCCCAGAUGAACACCUUUCCUCCAUUUUUGGUGACUUUGUCGACCCUUGCCUAGUGUCUGAGAGGGUUCAGCAUCGCCACCUUCUUUUUCUCAGAAGCCUGGUGCAGAGUGUUGAGGACCAGAGCCUGUUCCGGGUGCCGCAGAGGGAUAUCAGCUCACUCCAACCACGGGAUGUCCUGUUGUGUGAGGGAGACAGGCCAAAGCUGGUUGGUGAUAAAACCUACUACAGCCUGCACAACCCAAAGUUCCCAGAGAGGGUUCUAGCUUUGAGGGUACGUCUGCAUGGUCACGAUUGGUUGUGUUGUAAUAAGUUCUCACACUACAAGCAGCUCUCCGUAAAACAAAAAAGAUCAUUAUCGACUUUAGCAAAUGUUCUACUCAUUGUGGUCUCAAAAACACUUCCUUUUAACUGUCAUCGGCUGUUGCAGCUGCAGCGCACAAUUUAUUGUGUCAGUGCAGUGCAAGUCGUUUUUAGUGAAUGUUUAUUUAUUUCUGUGCAGGUGCUCAGCCAGACGGAUGAAGCUCCAUCAGUUCACAACCAGCCGUUGCACGUCAACGUGCAAAAUGUUGUUGCUCACUUCCAGCCAGGUGUUCUCCUGAAAAGCAGCAGCAGCAGGAUGCAUGACCCCCCGGAGUCAGACAGCAGCUCCUGCGAACCAACAGGAGGAAGCAGCACGGAGGAAGUCUCUGGUUCUCCGAACUGUCCUCCAACAGUGGAGACCAUCCUUCAGCGAGGACACGGCGUGAGCGUCGAGAGAGACCUGCCACAUGCAACGCUGGAGGACUUUGUGCAGGAGAGCUGCUCGCUGAAGAUCACCCAGUGUCAGCAUUAUGACAAACAGGUGUGUGUCCUGUUGCUGCAGGUCUUAAUGGGCUUACACCAUCUGCACAGCAUUGCUGCUGCAGCUGAGCUCAGGCCCCAGCAGAUCCUUCUGGUAUGGCCAAGCUGGGGAAGGCAGAAGGGAGAGGAUGACCCUCAGGGUCAGAGCGGCAAAAAGGAGGAAGCAGUUCCUGUAGGGAAAAGAGGAAGAGUUCAGAUGAUGUGGAAGAAAUAUGGCUCUCCUCGUGUUGUGCUUAUGCCACAGUCUUCCGCUUUUGAUGCACCUCAGUCUCGCACUUCCACCAAAUCCAAAAUCAGAGAUUUAAUUCAAUUUUGCCUUCACCCACCAGAGGGAUUAAGGCCUUCCAAUUUGGCCUUGUUCAAGUCUUCAUACCAAAGGGGGCUUCUCCACCUGUCCUCCCUGCUUCAGAGUGAGAGCGGGCCACAGAUGACAGACAUAAUAGUCAUGCUUCAGGUGCUUUUGUGGGGCCCUCAGGUUUCUCUCUUCAGCCACACAGGCUCCUUAACCAGCACUGUGCAGAACUGGCUGACUGUCAAACGAGCCAUGAUGGUGAUGAAGCUGGCAGAGAGGAGACUGCUCCAGGAUCAGCCUGCUCUAGACUGGGAGGACUGCAUUUGUCUGAAAUAUCUGUCCUUUACGGACUCUGAAACAGUCGCGGGUGUCGCCACACAGCUGUGGAAUGGUCUGCCCAGUUUAUAAUCAGCCCACUCUGAAUCUAUUUAAUGCGCCUAAUUUUAUUCCCCGCACCAAUCAGGUGUUUUAAACAACUGCAAACGAAAAACUUGCUGCUACCCUAAAGCUUCAGCAUGCAGCAAAAAUAAAUAAAUGUUGACACGUUCAGCACUAAGCCAAUAAACAAAACAGUUUUCAUACUUG